CAUCCUGUCCUGUCAUCCAUCCCAGCCAAAUCCGAAAAGGAAAAUGAAAGAGGGACCUAGAGGAACAGGUCCCAGCUGUCUCCCAAGGUCCUCCGCUCAGCUCUAAGCAGAGGCCCCAGGCGUCAUGGGAGAGUGGGCGUUCCUAGGCUCCCUGCUGGACGCCGUGCAGCUGCAGUCGCCGCUCGUGGGUCGCCUCUGGCUGGUGAUCAUGCUGAUCUUCCGCAUCCUGGUGCUGGCCACGGUGGGAGGUGCCGUGUUCGAGGACGAGCAGGAGGAGUUCGUGUGCAACACGCUGCAGCCGGGCUGCCGCCAGACCUGCUACGACCGCGCCUUCCCGGUGUCCCACUACCGCUUCUGGCUCUUCCACAUCUUGCUGUUGUCGGCGCCGCCGGUGCUGUUCGUCAUCUACUCCAUGCACCAGGCCAGCAAGGAGGCGGGAGGUGCGCAGCCGGCCCCGCCGUGCACGCGCGGGCGCCCCGAGGCCCCGUGCGCCCCGUGCUCCCUGCGCGCCCGCCGCGCGCGCCGCUGCUACCUGCUGAGCGUGGCUCUGCGCCUGCUCGCCGAGCUGGCCUUCCUGGGGGGCCAGGCGCUGCUCUACGGCUUCCGCGUGGCCCCGCACUACGCGUGCGCCGGCCCGCCUUGCCCGCACACCGUCGACUGCUUCGUGAGCCGGCCCACCGAGAAGACGGUCUUCGUGGUCUUCUACUUCGCCGUCGGGCUGCUCUCGGCGCUGCUCAGCGUGGCCGAGCUGGCCCACCUGCUCUGGAAGGGUCGCCGCGCCAAGCUGCUCCCGCCCCCGCCGCCGUCCCCGCCCGCUCCGCCCUCGCAGCGAGCCGACCCCGACCCCGACCCCUUCGGGCCGCCCGCCUACGCUCACCGCGCGCCGGCCGGCGACAGCGAGGGCGAGGGCGGCAGCGGUCACAGCAAGGCGUCGCUGGCCACCGUGCGUCAGGACCUGGCCAUCUAGCGGCGAGGUCCCGGGCCGAACCUUCAGCACCGAGGGGGGGGUCGGUGGAGGCAGAAGCGAGAAGUGGCUUCCGCGAGACUGCGUAGGACCCUGCCUGAGCUGAAGAUGAGCAGAGGGGACCUCCCACCCCCACACCCCCCACAGCAGAAGAGGAGGGACCGACCGGGGUUCGGUCGGGGUGGCGUGGCGUCGCACUUCCUAGUGCUGGUUGCCGCAGCGAGCUGGGGGUGCUUUGCAUCAGGGAGGCUCCUCUGUGCUGUGUUCCCAGCCGGAAAGGGAGGAGGCCAGGAGCCUUGAGAGGAAGCGAACGGGCCAAGGGCAGUGGGUGACCUGAUUGUUGUAUCGGGGGUUGAAAUCAGCAGGGAUGGCAGCAUUCCCAGGGCCCCUGCUUGUUCAGAGCAGCUCACUUCUCUGUGGGCUCUCUCUGUGCACACAUACAUGCACACCAGAUGAGAUGGGUUUGAUUGCUCGUGCACAUUAAACCCCUGUGGGCUGUGUGUGUGCUUGCAUGUGUACCCCCCCCCUCGGAGGGGUCCACACAUGCCUGUGCACACAAGCGUACGCCUUCCAAGUAACAGGAGGUACAGACCUGUGUUCGUGCAUGUGUGCACAGGCAUGCCCAGGGAUGUCCUUGGGGGCUCUGUGCGCUUGCGUGGAUGCAUGCCUCCUGCGUAAGGUGUACACACCUGUACACACACAUUCUGUGUGUGCACCUGCUAACACUGUCGUUCACUACCUGAACCCAAUGCUAGUGGUAGCCAUAAUGGCUUCCUCCCUACUGACCUAACCCUGCCGCCUGUGAGGGCAUCGGUGUUCCCCCACAGGAACGGGGUGGGAGCAGAGUGGGAAGAUAAAGACAGGCAGUGGUGGUCUUUCGGCUUCCAUCUUCACUCUUCCCACCCGCGGCCACCAUAGUCUGUAAACAAACAUGGUUGAGGCCUUUCCAUCCUUAGGGAAAGCUGCCCCAGAGACAGAUAGGUUCCUAGGUCCCCUUACAACUAGCCAUUCUUCUAGCACAGACUUUAAAAGAGUUGCCACAUGGCUACUUCACCCCCCUCCUUUUUUCUUAAAGAUUCUAUUUAAUUUUAU